AUCCUGGGGACCAGAGCAGGCGCGGUCCUCUCAGGAGCCAGCCUUCCCUUCCUCCUGGUCCCUCCCCCUAGCCACCUCUGGGCCUGGGCCCAGGAGCCACCACAGGCGACACGGAGCCACCGGUGCUGGAGGGGGAGCCGUGGGGUCGGGGCAGCGUUGGGGCAGAGGCCCCGGGACGUCCGCCCGGCCCCAGGCCCCGCUCAGCCCGAGCUCCCCCCCGGGUUCCCCCUCCUGCCUGGCCGGAGCCCUGUGAUUGUGCCCGGGAGCCCGGUGGGGUAGAAGUGGCCGGAGGCUGGGGGGGCCGAGCGGCGGGGGCAAGUGCCAUGCACAAACACCACCACUGCUGCAAGUGCCCGGAGUGCUACGAGGUGACACGCCUGGCUGCUCUCAGGCGCCUCGAACCACCUGGCUAUGGGGAUUGGCAGGUGCCUGACCCCUAUGGAGGAGGGGGCGGCAACGGGGGCAGCGGGGGCUAUGGGGGCUACAGCUCCCAGACCUUGCCUUCCCAGGCAGGGGCCGCCCCCACCCCUCGAACCAAAGCCAAACUCAUCCCCACAGGCCGGGACGUGGGGCCUGUGACCCCUAAACCUGGCCCGGGCAAGAGCACCCCCAAACUGAAUGGCAGUGGCCCCGGCUGGUGGCCCGAGUGCACCUGCACCAAUCGGGACUGGUAUGAACAGGCUAGCCCUGCACCCAUCUUGGUGAAUGCAGAGACCUUGGAGCCCAGUCUCUCGGUAAAUGGCAGUGAUGGGAUGUUCAAAUACGAGGAGAUUGUGUUGGAACGGGGGAACUCGGGCCUGGGAUUUAGCAUCGCAGGGGGGAUUGACAACCCGCACAUCCCUGAAGACCCAGGCAUCUUCAUCACCAAGAUCAUCCCCGGCGGGGCAGCUGCCAUGGAUGGGAGGCUGGGGGUGAACGACUGCGUGCUGAGGGUGAAUGAGGUGGACGUGUCUGAGGUUGUCCACAGCCGGGCUGUGGAGGCCCUCAAGGAGGCUGGCCCUGUCGUGCGCCUGGUGGUGAGGAGGAGGCAGCCACCGCCUGAGACUGUGGUGGAGGUCAACCUGCUUAAGGGACCCAAAGGCUUGGGCUUUAGCAUCGCAGGGGGGAUUGGGAACCAGCACAUCCCUGGAGACAACAGUAUUUACAUCACAAAAAUCAUUGAGGGAGGUGCUGCCCAGAAGGAUGGACGACUACAGAUUGGGGACCGGCUGCUGGCGGUGAACAACACCAACCUGCAAGACGUGCGGCAUGAGGAAGCCGUGGCGUCCCUGAAAAAUACAUCUGACAUGGUCUAUCUGAAGGUGGCCAAACCAGGCAGCGUGCAUCUCAACGACAUGUAUGCGCCGCCUGACUACGCCAGCACUUUCUCUGCCUUGGCUGACAACCACAUAAGCCAUAAUUCCAGCCUGGGCUACCUAGGGGCUGGGGAGAGCAAGGUCAGCUAUCCUGCUCCUUCCCAGGUUCCCCCGGCCCGCUACUCCCCCAUCCCUCGGCACAUGUUGGGUGAGGAGGACUUCACCAGGGAGCCUCGGAAGAUCGUUUUGCACAAAGGCUCCACAGGCCUGGGCUUCAACAUUGUAGGUGGAGAAGACGGAGAGGGCAUUUUUGUGUCCUUCAUCCUGGCUGGAGGCCCGGCUGACCUGAGUGGGGAGCUGCGCCGAGGAGACCGAAUUCUCUCUGUGAAUGGGGUGAACCUGAGGAACGCCACCCAUGAGCAAGCGGCCGCGGCGCUGAAGCGGGCCGGCCAGUCUGUCACCAUCGUGGCCCAGUACAGACCGGAAGAAUACAGUCGCUUCGAAUCCAAAAUCCACGACUUGCGGGAACAAAUGAUGAACAGCAGCAUGAGCUCCGGCUCUGGCUCACUUCGGACCAGUGAGAAGAGGUCUCUCUACGUCCGAGCUUUAUUUGACUAUGACCGGACCCGGGACAGCUGUCUGCCAAGCCAGGGGCUCAGCUUCUCUUAUGGGGACAUUCUCCAUGUCAUCAAUGCUUCUGAUGAUGAGUGGUGGCAGGCCAGACUGGUCACCCCCCACGGAGAGAGCGAACAAAUUGGCGUGAUCCCCAGCAAGAAGAGGGUGGAAAAGAAAGAGCGAGCCCGAUUGAAAACUGUGAAGUUCCACGCCAGGACAGGGAUGAUUGAGGCUAACAGGUCGAGCAAAACGAAACGUAAAAAGAGUUUUCGUCUCUCUCGAAAGUUUCCAUUUUACAAGAGCAAAGAGAACGUGACCCAGGAGAACAACGGACAGGAACAGGGCGUGACCUCCAACACCAGUGACAGCGAGAGCAGUUCCAAAGGACAGGAGGACACAAUUUUAUCCUAUGAGCCAGUGACGCGGCAAGAAAUUCACUAUGCAAGGCCAGUGAUCAUCUUGGGCCCCAUGAAGGACCGAGUCAAUGAUGACCUGAUUUCGGAAUUCCCACAUAAAUUUGGAUCCUGCGUACCACACACCACUCGGCCUCGAAGAGAAAAUGAGGUGGAUGGCCAAGACUACCACUUUGUGGUGUCCCGGGAGCAGAUGGAAAAGGACAUUCAGGAGAACAAGUUCAUAGAAGCGGGCCAAUUCAACGACAAUCUCUAUGGCACCAGCAUCCAAUCAGUGCGGGCAGUGGCAGAGAGGGGGAAGCACUGCAUCCUAGACGUGUCUGGCAAUGCCAUCAAGCGGCUGCAGCAAGCCCAGCUUUACCCGGUUGCUGUUUUCAUCAAGCCCAAGUCUGUGGAAGCCCUUGUGGAAAUGAACCGAAGACAGACCUAUGAGCAAGCGAACAAAAUCUUUGACAAGGCCAUGAAGCUGGAGCAGGAGUUUGGCGAGUACUUCACAGCCAUCGUACAGGGUGACUCGCUGGAAGAAAUCUAUAACAAAAUCAAACAGAUUAUCGAGGACCAGUCUGGGCACUACAUUUGGGUCCCGUCCCCUGAAAAACUCUGAAGACCAUCACCCCCCCCGCCCCCUCGCCUCCUCCCAGCCCUUUCCCCAAAACCAUUUUCUUGUGAGCAAAACCCAAAUUCCCUCCUUCCUCCUCUUUCCUGUCCCUCUGGUGAGAACAAAUGACUACUGUUCCUGUCCCCUUUUUUAGAUCUGUUGCAAAAUUGAGUUUUCUAGUCCUGUUUCUUUUUGUUGGGAUGAUGUCAUCUCGCUCAUCCACGUGACUGUGCCCAUUCCUGCAUGGACCUUCCCAGGAGCAGCUCAGGCGCCACUCCAUCACUCAUUGUUUUUCUUUCCAAACCAAGCAGCAGAGAAGAAGGCUGAUGGAUUGUCAAUAGACUCAGGACAGAAAACCUGGAUUUUAAAAUGGGCUUCGCAUGACAACGAGCUCCCGGGGCCUUUCUCCCACAUCUGUGUCACUCUCUUGAAGCUCUGAACAGUACGAUGUAAAUGGCAACUGAAAGCAUCUUAUUUAUAUGUAUAUGUAAUUUAUAUAAAAUAUAUAGAAAUUAUUAUAUAUAUAUAUAUUAUUCAUCAACAUAAUAUAUAUAUAUAUAUGUAUGUAUACAUAUAUACACAUGCGCACACACCACACACACACACACACACACACACACACACACACACACAGCUGGACCAGAAAACCUUUAGGGACUUUAGCGAUGGUAACUUUCCGCCGGCAAACCGGCAGGAGAGGGCUCGAAGAUGGUACGAAAUGUGGUAGACACCGCCCCCUCUGCUCCUUCUGCCUCCCAAGAGUUGAGCCUGGCUGGCAGUUUUCCCCAGGCAGGGGCAGGGGUCUGCCACCCACCGGAUUUGUUUGCAUGGAGGUUUCCUUUUGUUCGUUUUAAGCUGCUCUAAGACCAAAACCACAUUGUGCUACUUGCCGUGUCCGCCUUUUCAUGAUUUCGGAUGUCACCCUUGCUAACUGAGCAUCUCAUUGUACAAUGUCGUGAGGGUUUUUUCUAAGUAGCUCGGACCUGGCCACUGUAGGGCCAGAUCCCCCCGGGGGCCAAGGACCCAGAGGGCUCCUAUGGGAUGCUUGGGGGUGAGAUAUAGAGCUAUUAUUCUUUUCCUUCUGUGCUGGGGCAGUGAAGCAGCCCUGACUACUUAGGACCUGAAAGGUUCAGCACUCCACUAAAUGAGUGUUCUCUCCAGCUGCCUUUAUUCCACCCCCUCACCAGCAGCUGCUUAGCUUACUGUUACUUUGGGAGGAAAGUAGACUCAAAUCGGGCACAUUUGAGCUGCAGAGCUACAUCCGUGUAAUAGUGAGAAAUCAAGCCUCCUUGCUUUUUCCCCAGGGCGUACGCCCACAAAUGCCGGCAACGGCAUCAGCAGCAGAAGCCCUUUUCUGAUAGGCCUGACCAGAGCAAAACAAAAAGCACAGACAGGGCUCUAUCCCUCUUCUCCCCCUGAAGGCCAUGUGCCUGGCUAAGGUAGGUAACCUUGCCAUGUCUCACUCUUACCCACUGUGGACUGGUGAUACAGGGAAGAAUGUGGGAGGAGCUGGGCCCCAGAGCUGGUACACUGCACCCCACUUUCCUGGCCCGUGGCAGCUGGAGCACUGUAGAAACACCCCUCCCCCAGUACUUAAGACAGUUAGGAACUCCUAGCCAAAUUUCCGAAACAUAUUAAACUGUUAUUCUACCAGCAACAUAGACUAGCUGUCCAAGGCUGGGGUGCCAGGGAAAAAGAAGAGCAGCUUCGCCUGGGCACUACACUGGGGCCGGGUAAGGGAGGGGUUAUCAUACAAAGGCGGCUUACUUGCUGUGAGCUAAAAUGAAUUUUCUGAACCGUAGCUCGCUCGCUCCCCCUCCCAGAGAAGAAAGGCAAAGAUUAAAAGUAACCUUGACAUUAGUUGGUUUACCAUUGUUCCUUCCAAGGAGACGUAUAUUUUUUAAUAAACAAUAGUUGGCAAUGAA